GUGCUCGCCAGCGGACAGACGACAAUGUCAGAAGUCAGAACAUAGAAUAUUGUUUGUAUUUCUUGAAUGUUGUUCAAUUAUGAAUGACUAUAAACAGAAAGAUUAAGAUUUCGGUAUCAUCAUGUGUCGUACUUUUCUAAAAUAAUUACGCACGGUUCAAUUAAAACUGCGAUUUUGCGCCGCCUGCAUUGAAAGGAAUUAAGAAAAUUCGGGAAACACAUCCUGAAUUAUUAUUAAAAAUGGGAAGAAUAAACAAUUCGUUUCUCUGGGGUAUCCUUUUUGCAUCUGCGACGUGGAGUAUUUCGCUUUACCUUUAUUGGUUAUUGAAUAUGAGCGGUGAAAGUUCAAUAAAAAAUACAGAAAACAGGAUACAAUACCGUCUUAUCAAUACUGAAGAAAGAAAUCGAUUAAAAAACAAUGACAAAUCUAUUGCAGCAUUGGAGGGCAAAAAUCUUCUAUAUGAUAAUCCUAAAGCAAAUGAUAGAUUUGGAAAUAAGAUGUGGAAAAGUCCAAGAGAUCAUUCAGACUAUUUGAGAAAAAUAAUAUUGAAAGAAAAAUUUGCUAGGCAAUUUCAACAAAAAUCUGCAGCAAAAGUAGAUAAAAGUCUAGAAAGUCAAUUUGGUUUAAUUAGGAAUGCAGAAGAUGUUAGAAUCAGAGAAAAGGGAUACAAUGUGCAUGCAUUCAACACUCUUAUCUCACAAAGAAUUGGCAACCAUCGUGAAGUUCCAGACACUAGAUUUAAAUUAUGUGCUACUCAAAAGUAUCCAUAUAAACUUCCCAAGGCAUCCAUUAUAAUUUGCUUCUAUAAUGAACAUUUUGAAACACUUAUGAGGUCUGUUCACUCUAUCUUGGACCGGACCGAACAAAGAUAUUUGAAGGAGAUUAUAUUGAUUGAUGACUACAGUGACAUAGAAGGGCUACAUGAUAAGGUACAAAGGGCUGUGAAUCAGUUAAACAAUAACAUGAGAAAGGAAGAAGAAAUGCUUGAGACAAAUAACAUAGAUGGGGACAAUAUUGUUGCUGAUUAUAUAAAUGAUGAUAACAAUGUUGAGAACUUCAAGAAAACUACAGAUAGUAGCACUGGAAAACUGUCAAAGAGCGGUUUGAAUAUAAGGCUUCUGAAAACAAGUAAGAGGGAAGGAUUGAUACGUGCGAGGUUGUAUGGUGCUGAUAACAGUGUGGGUGAGGUAUUACUCUUUCUGGACUCUCAUAUAGAAGUGAAUGUUAACUGGCUGCCACCUUUACUGUCUCGGCUUUCUGAAGGAGUAGAUGGUGUUAGCACUCGAUAUUCUCCUCGUGUGGUUGCUCCCAUCAUUGAUGUAAUCAAUGCUGAUACAUUUGACUAUACUGGCAGCCCGUUAGUAAGAGGUGGAUUUAACUGGGGACUACACUUUAAGUGGGAUAAUUUGCCAAAGGGAACAUUGAAAGAUGAAUCGGACUUUGUGAAGCCAAUUAAGUCACCAACAAUAGCAGGUGGACUGUUUGCUGUAUAUCGUGAAUAUUUCAACAAGAUUGGGAAAUAUGAUUCAGGGAUGAACCUUUGGGGUGGUGAAAAUUUGGAGAUAUCAUUCCGGAUAUGGAUGUGCGGUGGAACUUUAGAGUUGGUACCUUGCAGUCGUGUCGGUCAUGUCUUCAGGAAACGUAGACCUUAUGGUCUUGGUGAUAAAGAGGAUUUCAUGCUGCAUAAUUCGAUGCGGAUGGCAAGAGUAUGGAUGGAUGAAUAUGUGAAAAAAGUUAUCGAACAAAAUCCAUCGGCUGCCCACGUGUCGAUCGGCGAUAUAAGUGACCGUCAGAAGCUCAGGCAGGACUUGAAAUGCAAAUCGUUUAAAUGGUAUCUAGAAAAUGUGUAUCCCGAAAUGGACGCAGGCGAAGAUACAAUCGCCAAGAAGAGAAUCGAAGCGCUCAAUGAUCCGGAGAAGAAUAAGUUUCAGCCGUGGCAUUCGAGAAAACGCAACUACACGGAUUCGUACCAAAUCCGACUGAAGAAUACUUCUCUCUGCAUCCAGAGCGCCACUGACAUCAAAACCAAAGGCAGCGGGUUGAUACUUUCUAGAUGUAUAAGGAUUAUCAAUCAGAUGUGGUUCGAGACAGACCGCAGCGAGCUAGUGCUGGGUAAGACGUUGUGCUUGGACGCCGUCAACAACGUGUCCCCGAUGCUGGGCAAGUGUCACGAGCUCGGCAGCACGCAGGAGUGGAAGCACAAGGGAUCGGCUGGAAGUCCCAUCUACAACACGGCCGCCGGGAUGUGCCUGGGAGUCGAACGCGCGUAUCGCAACGAACCCAUUCUCAUGGUGAUUUGCGACGAUCAACCGAAGAACCAUUGGGACUUUGUGAGAUCUAAAAUUUAGAUUAAAAACCCGAACUGGCGUGACAAUAUUUGUAUGUGAAUCCCGGACAGAUGUCAUAAUUUAAGAGAUUAGUAACUUUAAUGAAAAUUAUUGGGCAUUUUUCUACUGAAAAAUUAGUAAUUGGGAGAGAAUUAGCAAAGAAUCGAAUAUCUAUUAUCAGAACCAUCUGAAAUGCAAUUUAUUGUGCUAACAUACAAGUUUUAUAUGUAGUAAAUUUAAUGAAAUAAGUAAAAAAAUUCGAAGCGACGUUAUAUAUGCCCGACGCCUAUUUCUUUCGUAUAAAAAUGUAUUUUUGGAACAUAUUUUUUUAGCAUUAUGAUCGCAUACAAACUUUUGAUAAUAUUAAUGACAACGUAGACUUCUGCUGCUGUAUAGCAAUUUUAUCUGCAUGUUAACGUGUAACAGAGAUUAUAUUCUAGAAUAAUGUCGUUGAACAUGCUUUCGAUUUAGUAUUUUUUUGUUUCUAAUCUUACUUAUUUAGAAAUUAGGACUUGACGGAACUUUGUGUUGACUUUUGUUUCAUGUACAUAUUUGUUGACUUUAUAAAUUAAUAUAAUGUUUGUGACAUCUUACGGAUAUCCAAUUUGCUUGAUCAAACAAUAAACGCGUAUGCCAUUUGCUGUUUGAAAAUUGACUUUCAAGGAAAUGAGCAUCAUGGGGCAAAAUUUUUGAUGAAUUAUAAUUCUAUCAAAAAUUAUUUAAUCUGCAAUGAAGGUAUCGCGUGAAAUUACGCUUACUUUUAAGACAGAUUUGAGAGAUGUAAACCUUGCAUGAAGCAAUGCAUUAGCGUUUAUGAGGCGCGCUGAUGUAAAAAUAUAACCUGUAUUAUUAUACCAAUCGAUUAAUUAUUAAUGAUACGAGACAUUUCCGAAGAGCCAUUUGAAACGGCAAACAUACCGUAUGUUUUGUUAAUUUGAUCAAGCAAAAUGGAUACGUAUUGGAUAAUCUUGACUAUUAAUAACUGGGUGGAGACAGCUAUGAAAUUCUCGCUAAUACUAAUAUUGUGAAUAAAAUAGUAACAUUGAAAAAAAAAUUAAAAAUAAUGGUCCAAAUUAAUUCGUUCAGAAACAAAAUGUAUAGAUCCCUACUGGUAUUAGUAAUUCUUUCAGUGACUAGAGGGAGAAGUGUGGCAGCUAUGAGAUAGGAGUACGUAACCUCUACCGAUAGGAUUUAACUAUCGGAUUUAACUAAAACUAAUCUUUUCUGGCCAAACUAUUGGAUGUUUGAAUUUUUAGUAUGUUGACUAGGAACUUUAUUAUUUAAAUGUAGUUUACUUUAUUGUUAUAUUGUCGUCUCCACACAGUAACUUAUUAGUAACUUCUAAGAUCCCGUUUAGUACAAAGGAUUUUUAUAAAGUUGUAUCGGUUGAUAGAUUACCUCCUGCCUUUGGCUUUUCUUGGACGAUAUCCGAUGGAAUUAAUGCAAUUACUUGUUUUGGUAUGUAUACUCCUCUCCUGAGGUUAUAAGUCUCUUAAAUACGUAAUUUUCAUA